CAGUAGGCGGCAGGCGGCGCGGGCGCACGCCGCUUGCGCACCACUCCCGGAUUCAAACCUACCGGCUCAUUUACUACCGCGCUAUAUUUAACCGCUGCGACCAGAUUAAUAUCUGCAUGUUCCGUCACAAAAAUAAGUGAUCCGUCUCCGCAGUCGACGAGUGAUGUGAAAACUGGACCACGAGUGCCGUUCUCCUCAGUGUCAGUUAAACGACGGGAUAAAUAAACACUGGAUAAUAUAUUUAAUUCAUUGCUACACAGGAAGUAAAUAUAAUUUGCGGUUAACAUCGACCCUCGAGAAUGAAUCCUCCGUCAGCGAUACAGGGGGCGAUGGGGCGGGAGCGCAAGCCAUUCACGUACACGCCGGGCGGGCUGGACCUCUCGGAGAUCAAGUCGGAGCGCAUGGCCAAGCGGUUGAUGAGGAACGCCAUGAACCAGGGCGUGCCCGAGCUACCGCAGCCCGUGCAGUCGCCCACCACGCCCACCACGCCGAUAGCUGUGCCCAAUUUCAAUUGUCUGCCAGUGCAAGUGUUCCCUACUCUCAAUCUGCCAGCGAAUCCUAAAUCUUUGCUCAGAACUCGAAGUACACCUGACAAACCCAGGGAGCCCCUGACGCCUAAAGCGCCGCCGCCGACACAAAACACAAACAGUUUUAAACCGAGUGGCAUGGACCAGUUGCGUGAAACUAUUACCAACAAUACUCCGUCGUUUGCGCCAGUCAAUAAUAACAACUACAAUAAUAUUUCUAGGCCACUACCGGCUUACGAAUAUAAUAAUAACAGGCCGACUUCAAUGUACGAAUACAAUUCACCACCCAGUACGACUAGUGUAGCUAGAACCAAUUACGGAAGUGAUGCAUAUACGGCGCCAAUAAUGCCAGAGAUCUGUUAUGAUGCUGAGUAUUGCCAAGUAGUUCCUAGACUUAGUAAUAGUACAGAAAGUACGCGACUUGAUAUUCCACCGAACAAUAUAAACCUAUUAGAGAAAGGGAACACAAUGUCCAAUACUUCAGAUUUUGUAGUAAAACCAAUAUCAGAAACAAUGUCUGUCCCAGCAACUGUAAUUAAACCUGUAGAAGACCUAGAGGGGACUAAUGAUGAAGAUGAUCAGAGUCAAGUCAAAGUGGUAAAGAAACAAGUUAAAAAGGAACAGAAAGUUGAGAGUGAAAUUCACAAUCAAAAUGGAGAUCAUAAUGGAGAUGCUGAAGCAGAAAUGACUGUGAAACUGCCGAGUAAGAAAUCGGCGGCAAAAACUGAGACUAAAGUAGAGGUAACUAGUAAACAAUUACCUGAUGGAUCGGUAGAGGAAAUAAAAAAAACAAUAACCAAAACUACAAUUGAUGGUAAAACUGAAAUCAGAACUAAAACUGAGACAAAAAUAAUACCGAAAAAUGAUGAAGAGGAAGUAGAAGAAGAAGAGGAGGAAGAAGAAGAAGAAUCUACUGAAGCUGUGGUUCAAGAAGUUGAAGAAAAUGGAGAGAAACAGGUAGAAGCACCAACUACUACUGUCGUUGUGAAAAAAACACAAGAAGCUCCGGUAGCAAAGGAAUCUGUUGUGAAGAAAGAAGAAAGAACUGAAACUACUACUACAAAGAAAGUUGUAGUUGUACAGAAUGAGGAACCAGAAGAAGAAGAAGAGGAAGUAGAGGAAGAAGAGGAAACUGAGGCAGAAACAGCGACAGUUGUAAUUAAAAAUCCUGAGCCACAGAUUCAGAAAAUAGAGCCUAAACAAGAAAAGGUAGAAGUCGAAGAAAAGAAACAAAUAGAGAAAGUGGAGCAAAAAGCAGAGGUUAAACAGGAGGAAGUGGACGAGGAAGAGGAAGAAGAAGAAGAGGAAGAAGAAGAGGAAGUCAAGGUAGAAAAGACUGAAGUUAAGGCAGAACCUCCUAAGAAAGCAGAACCGGAACCAGAGGAGGAGGAGGAAGAAGUAGAAGAGGAGGAGGAAUAUGAAGAAGCUGUGGAAUCUGAAGAAAAAACGGUACCAAAACCAGAACCGAAACCGGCUGAGCCCGCAAAAGAAACUAAAAAUGAGAAAGAAGAAGAUGAAGAAUCAGAAUAUACUGAGGAAGAAAUAGAAUCUGAAAAAGAAGAGACUCCCGCACCAAAGACCCCUGCUUCUAAACCAGAGCCAGAAACGCCUAAAGCGGAACCAGAAGGUAAUACAGAACCUCCACAAGAAGAAAAGAAAGAAGAACCUAAAGAACAACCUCAAGUUGAGCCAAAAAUUCCUUUAAGGGAACCGUCAAUUCCACUUGAGAAAGUGGAAGAUGUGGAAAUUAAGCCCAUCGGUGAAACAUUUUCUAAAACUCAUACAGAGAGGACUGAAAUUAUUAGCAGUGGUGAUAAGCCCUCAGGUACACUUAGCACGCAAACCGAGUUCAACCGGAUCGAGAACAUUGUCACGGUCAAUCGGACUACAAAGACAUUAGAUCAUUCUUACGAACAAAUUACUCAGCAAGGUAUACCUACUGUUAAAACGUACUUUCCACCGGGUAGGGAAAGGGUUUCUACAUCUCCACAGACUUCAAAACCCUACACUCCAAUAUAUACGCCACCACAACCCCAGCAAGAGAGACGCCAUAGUUUGCUUUUAGAAAGAUUGAGCACGGAGAGGCAGAUGCCCUCUGAUAUAUACCAAAAGAGCUACCAACAACAACAUAGCAAUCAAAGUUAUGAACAACAAAGACAGUGGUCACAAGAACCACAAUCAGAAGUGGUUAAUGAUAGCAAUAUCAAGCCUAGUUCCAUAACAAACCAGCAAUGGUAUCAGCAGAGCAGGAAGGAAAAUGUUAUUUAUAAUAAUACUGCGCCUUCUACUCCCGCAGUUCCCAGUCAGCAGUGGAGCCAGCCGCAGCCACAACCACAAAUUCAGCCACAAUAUCAACCAUCUUAUUCUGAAAAUACUUUGCAUGACAGUUCUAAGAUAACUACAAACACUUAUCAACAGACAAGUUACCCUAGCUAUACCCCUGCUCCCAGCUAUACUCCAGCACCCAGCAACUGGGGAAGCAAUAACGUUGGUACUACCUUGCCUAACGUGAACACACAAUCUAAUCAAUAUUCUUUCUUAAACAAAUCUUCAGAAAACUAUCAAAAUACAUCGCAGAAUUAUUCUUCGUCAUAUGUACCACCUCCGUGGGAACAAGACCCCAACUAUGUUGCGCCUGAACUUCCGCCUCAGCAUUACUAUCAGGCACCUCCUUCGACUAAUACUUUCAGUCCUAGUUCUGCGCCGAGUCAGACUGGUUGGAAACCUACGCCUCCAGCCGGCAAGUUCACCAAGCCUGCUCCAAAAUCAUACAUCCCGCCUGCGCCGAAUCAGUCAUUUGUAAAACCCGUCACUGGAUCCGAACAAUCGAGGCGCGCGGGCAGCAAGACCUACUACAGCGAGUAUGAGCGCCGCUACAUCACCGUGCCUGAGUCUACAUAUAUUCCAACGGACGCAAAGUUCCAGCCUCAGCCUGACCCAUCGCCACAAUAUUACUAUGACAACAACGAGCCUUCCGAGGCAGUUGAACACCAAUGGCGUAAGGAGCUUAGAGAGUUUACUGAGAAGACACAAACUCAGACGCAGACCCAGACCGUGACACAACCACAAAUUCAACCUCAAUAUCAACAACCUCAGCAUUAUCAACCGCAGUACCAACCGGAACAGGCGUCGGUAAAUCCUCCAUGGGAGGAGGAUCCUAAAUAUGCGAAGGUUCCGUCUGCGACGUACACGCCAACUCCGUCUUGGAGUCAGACGCUACGACCGCAGUCGUGGCGUGAAAGGAGUUUUGAAUCGGAAUAUGUGGGAUCAAACGAGUGGUCAAAGACGAACACAUUAGGCCGUAGUCGCCCGUUAAGUACUUAUGGUAAUACCAACGUGGAAGCGACUACUCCUGAACGGCCGAGGGGAGUCUCCGUUGAUAGAUACAACCCCAACAAAUACCAGUCGCCCGUGACGAUCCCGUACGACUCUGAGCACGGCCCUGUGCAGUCGCAUACUCUGGAUCCGACUCCCCAUAGGGGUUAUCACAACCCGAACGUCCCUGGUUACCACGCUCGUGCCUCAGCUGAACCUAGAGAGCACGUGCCAAUACCAACGGCGCGUAAUUGGGGGGAUUCCCGCACCACUCCGAUCCAGUCGAGAUCCUUCAAGUACCUCCAGUGGAUCACCGGUACUGAAGAAUAAGCGGCAUCACGCGUAAACUUACAUUUAAGGCUUAAUUUAUGUAACAUAGAAAUUAGUGAGAGCAGCAUCGGUAGAUGAAGAGCCGAGUCCAUUUUCAUGUGAAUACUAGGGUUAUAAAGCAUAAGUUGAUAAAAUUGCAAGUUAACAAACACUUCUGCGACAUACUAUGCCAUUGCGAAAUUUUGUGCGAAAGCGAAUAUUAUUCCAUGUUUGAAAUUUUCAAAUGUCGAUAAAAUUGGUGAUGUGUAUUUCAUGUAUCGUCGAUACAGUCGAUUCCAAGUUAAUAUAAAAAUAUUCUUGCGAUGCAAUUACUGACUCGCUUCCGCAAAAUAUGCGAAAGCGAAAUGCUUUACAUCCCUAGUAGCUACGUUUAAUUUAAUUUAUUUACAGUGUCAAUUUACACGCGAAAUGGAUUCGGCACUUGUAGCGCACCGGGGUGAACUUGUGAGAACAAGUAUAACCGGUCACCACGCAUCGUAAUAAAUAAUCCUAGAAUUCUUAAACCGAAUUCAAAGAGAUAAAGCAUUACGAGUAACAUCUACUAGAAUAUUGCUGCAUGAAUUUAUUUAUAAGGUUGUGUAAUUCGAGAUUAAAUUAAACGAAGAGAUCGAUUGAACAUAAUAAUGUAAAUUUAGAUUAAGUUAGCCUCUGUUAGUUUUUACCUUUAUCUUCAAAUCUAAUUAAUUUUCUGUUUUCAAUAAUAUUUAUUUAGCCAUUGCGGUCCUUGCUAUACGUACUAAAGUAGUCUGUUAAGGGAUUGUGCAAUCGUGUCACUUCAUCUAUAAUGUUUUAAAUUUCAAACAGCACUGUUACGCUAUGUGAUAUUUAUAAUCUGAAUGUGUCUAACCUAGUCAUUGGAGACUUUACUGUCGCUAGUCGUAGUGUCUUUAAUUAUAAUCUAUCUUUAAACCAAUGCAUUUCUGCUUCAAUCUCAAACUAAUUUGGUAUUGAUACGAUUAACUUUUCUAUUAUUAUUUUGACAUAUAUUUGCCGAUGUGCCAUAAUGUAGAUAGUGUGUACUUAUUACUUGUUUAUGUUAAUUCGUUUUACACUAUUGUUGCUUAUAAUAUUUAUUAUAGGAGAUAAACUACAGCGACAUGUGAGCAAGUCGCAACCUUAUUGCUAUUUAAUAUUGAAGUCAAGUCUAGUGUGUUUAAAGUUCCUUGUCUAUGAAAACAUCGUCCGUAUUUGCAUUACUUAUAACAUUAUUUUGUUUCCUCUAUGUUAUUUGUGAAAUAAUUGUUGAGUUUUAUUUAAUAAAACCAUAAAAUUG